UCCUCUACGGCGUCCCCAUGCCCGUCCAGCCCAUGAAGACCAUCGCCGCCGUCGCCCUCUCCGACGCCUCCUUCGGGGUCCCCGAGAUGAUGGCCGCCGGCAUCCUCACCUCGGCGUUCGUAUUCGUCCUCGGGGUCACCCGCCUUAUGAAGCUCGUCUACUGGUUCGUGCCGCUCCCCGUCGUCCGCGGCAUCCAGCUCGCCCAGGGGCUCAACUUUGCCAUGGCCGCCGUCAAGUACAUCCGCUACGAGCAGGACCUGGCGAAGAGCAAGUCCCUCGGUCGGCGCCCCUGGGCUGGGCUCGACGGCCUCGCCCUCGCCAUCGCCGCCAUCUUCUUCGUCGCCCUCGUCAAUGGCGCUGGCGACGAUCACAGCACCGCCGUCCAAGAAGAAGAAGUGGCCGUUUGCACCAACGAGAAUCUGAAUAUGCUCUCGGAUAUUCUGCAACCUGGCGAACGCAUCUGCCGGAUACCCACAGAUGUGCUUCCAGACAGGCAUACUACACAAGAACACAAUCUGUUUCGGAGGAGACUGAUACAUUUGCCAACACCGAUGGCAACAGGACACAAGAUCUGA